AUGGCGCCCAAACGCAAAAGAAACGCGUCCUCGCCGCAGAAAGGACUUCCUCCUGGCGAAAAAUUGAAGCGCGAUGCCAUUCCAGGGGCUUCUAGUUCCUCUCCUUGGGGCUGGGUUGGUUCGCAGGUCGUCGAACCUGAACAAAUAACUUUGGAUCAUCGUCUUUCGGCCUGCAACCUAUCUCGUAGAAAUAACAACGCGUUCUGUCGUAACAAGUACUCUCAACAAGACGAUAUUUUACCCGAACCCCCCUCUUCUUCCUCAAUCACGAAUACCAAUGGAGAACUUGUGGAAGAUAUUAUAGUAAUAUCAGAUGAUGAUACUCUAUCAUGCUCCAAAAAGGACUGCAAAACCAACCCGAAUUGUCUGAACUAUCUGGGGCAAGAAUCUUGGGAAGAUGAAGAUGCACCGGAAGACAAGCUGUUCAAAUUUGCAAAGCUUGGAAGAGACCCUUGUCAAAAUACCCGCGAAGUAGAUCUGCCAGUAGGGUUGAAGAAUCUUGGUGCCACAUGUUAUGCAAACGCUUCUCUUCAGGUGUGGUAUCGAGAUCUGGCAUUUCGAUCAGGUGUAUUUAGUUGCGAGCCUCCAGAAGGCGUACAAGUGGAAAAAUACAAAGAAUCGCCCAUAUUUCAACUUCAAGUCACAUUUGCAGCUCUUCAAAAAGGCAACCAGAAAUCUUUCAACCCCACAAAACUCGUGGAAAGCUUGCAACUGCGAGCAUCCGAACAACAAGAUGCUCAGGAGUUCUCGAAGCUUUUCAUGUCUCACCUGGAUGUCGAAUUCAAGAAACAGACUUCCGCUGUUAAAUCUCUCAUCACGGAACAGUUUCAAGGAAGUCAAGCGUAUGGAACUAUAUGUCACUCGUGUAAAAAUCGGUCGGAAAGGCCUUCAGAUUUCCUCGAGGUCGAAAUAAGUUUCGAUAAUAACUCCACAUUGGAGGACCGCAUUGCUGCGUCUCUAUUACCAGAAACCCUAUCUGGGGACAACAAGUAUUUCUGUUCUCGUUGCGAAUCUUUACAAGACGCUACACGCUACACGGAGCUCCGGCAACUUCCACCUGUUCUUCAUUUCUCUUUGUUACGUUUUGUGUAUGAUGUUUCCACCAUGGAACGGAAGAAGUCCAAGCAUUCUAUCGCAUUUCCACUAGUUCUCGAUAUGCAAAAAUAUAUUGGCUCGAAGAAUGCUCGAAAAAAGCCUUCUUCAGCUGAUAAUGAAGACAAUAUCUAUGAGCUCCGAGGAAUUCUUCUCCACAAGGGAACUAGUGCAUACCAUGGCCAUUACGAGGCACAGGUUCACGAUGCAGAAUAUAAAUCGUGGUACCAAUUCAAUGACGAAACUGUCACUCGGAUAACAACAUUGGGCGACAAGUUUGCACCCCAAACCCACGAAGACAGUGAAGAAAAGCUAGACCAACUACAGGUUCGUAAGAACCGAAUUAAUGCCAGAAAACGAAAACGUAUCGAAGACAGCGAUGACGAAAUUGUCGAUUUAAUCACUUCCAAGGAUGCAUAUAUGCUGAUAUAUGCGAAAAAGUCAAAUGCAACGGCAGUAUCAAAUCCCAAUUCUUCUGUAACACCUGUUUCUCUGCUAUCAGAGCCUCCUGUCCGAGCUAUGGAAGUAAUUCAGACUUUGAACGCGGAGCAUGAAAAUGCUUGUAAACAUUAUAAGGAAAAGGAAGAGGAUGCAAAAUCCAGGUUUCAAGAACUAUGCCACAAGGUUCGCAAUAUCUACCGUAAUUGGUCAUUGCACAAUGAUUCGGAGGAUUCCGUGGUUGUUAGCAGGCAAGCUUUGGAAUCAUGGCUGUCGGAAGAUUGUGUUUCUGCUAUGCUUAAAGAAAGUGGAUUGGAUUCCGCGGUGGACAAUCCCAGCCGCGCCAAAUCGAACUCGCCGACGCCAACCAAAGGCACCGAGUUGCCCAUCGUGAUCUCUAAUGCGGACAUUACAUGCGAGCACGGCCUAAUCGAUCCUCAAAAAUUCAAAGACAUCAAACGAAUAAACCAGCGAAUGUACAACGAAAUUGUGAACACAACAAAUUGCACUUUUGAACCCUUACUUCGACCCCAUGACGCUUGUUCCACUUGCGUUGAAUCAAUUUUCAAAGAAAAACUAUAUGAACUUGAUCACCCGAAACAAGUCAAGCAGUUCGAUGAAAUCUCUUCUGUGGCGGACGAUGAGCUAGGUUACUGGAUAUCAAAAAAAUGGGUGAAGGACUGGAAAUUGAUGAAGCCGAAAAUGCACAUCCCAUCUGUGAAAGAUCCCGGACCUGAUUCUGGAGAGUUUCGCAAUCAUGUCUUAUGCGAGCAUGAUGGAUUAACACUUAACACGAUAAAUCGGCGAAAAAUAUCCGUUGAGGCAAUGCAACUUCUCAGUGACAUUUUCCCAGCUUGGAAACCCCCUUCUAGUAAUACGGAGACUUGUGCGGUAUGCGACGCUGAAGUACACAUAUCGAAAGAAGACAAGAAGGAAAUACGAAGAAAGGCGGAGGAGGAAAAGGCGACUUGGAGACGCUGGGUCAAUAACCCUACAGACAAUACCAGACCCGAAAUAGUGGAUAACAAGAUCUUUCUCUGCCAACAUGAUCAUCUAAUAUUUGACCCAAAUUGUACUAACGACUUGGAUUCGACUAUCCUGAUCAUCGAAAGAAAUCAUUGGGAUGAAUUACAAUCGAUGAAAACAGAAUGGGAGACCGCGGAGAUUUAUAUUCGAAUACGUGGUCCGGAAGAGCCCAAAUCGUCAAACAUUGACUCUGAGUCACCACCGAAAAUAAAACCUAAACCAGCCACAUAUGGCCGAAAUACCGACGGAUCACGACAGUCGCGUCGUUUACGGCAAAUGAAAGAGCAAGGCCAGCGAAGAAGGGUACAGGUGUCUAAGGCUACGACAGUCAAAGAGCUGAAAAUGAUGGCGAACGAAGAGUUUUCUAUUCCUACCAUAUGUCAGCGUCUUUUUUACCAAGGCCGCGAGUUGGAAGACAAUGCGGAAACAGUAGCCAUCCUCAAGAUUUCACCGAACGACAUCAUUGAUUUAAAGGAACAAACUGAGAUCCUCGAGAUUACCUCUGAUUCUGACGAGCCUCCUUCGAAGAAGAGGCGUGAAGGCCGAGGGUUUGGAGGCACACUGUUGGGUUGCGUAGGAUCGAGCUCUCCUGAACGUACUCCAGGACCGACCUUUACUAACUUGGUGGAAGAAAAGCCCUGUCUCGCAUGCACGUUCUCGAAUGGGCCUGAUGCAGUGUCUUGCGAGAUGUGCGAAACCCCAUUCUCGUAA